AUAACCAGCUGAUAAAGGAAGACUGAAGGGGCCAGGAAAUGUCUACGAUAAGGGAAUAAAAAUGAGCGGAAGAAAGAAGAGCUCCGAUGCAACGGCGGAUACCGAUGCGGUGGAGCAGCUGUUGCAAGCGGCGAACGAUGAGAUGCUCUUAGAACUCUCUGUCGACAGCCAUAUGUCCCGUGUGGCACCCGAUUAUCUCGACCCCGAUCUCCGCCGCCGAUUCCAGGCCCUCCGAUCCCGACCUUCCUCUUCCCACCCACAACAGAAAAAGCAAUCAUCGGCACCACCUCCACCACAGGCUCCGAAACCACAAAUGGAGCAAAAGGAAGACGGGGAUAAAAAGGAGAGAGAAUCAAAGGUUGUUGUUGCCGGUGAUGUUGACGACGAAUUGAAGGCUGUGUUGGGCGAUGAUCUCUCCGCACGAUUCGCUGCUCUCAAGGCUUCCUUGUCUUCAUCUUCUUCUAAUCCUUCUGCUUCUACUACUAACGAAGUUCGUAUCGAUCUAGAAAAAUCCGACGGCGAAGAUGACGAGGAAGAUGAAGUUGAAAGAGUGAUCCAAUGGGCAAAGGACGCUGCUCGCCUUGAUCCUUCCCCUGCCUCUGAUGACGAUGAUGAUCUAAUCGGUUCCGAUUCCGGUGAUAAUGAUACCGACUAUGACGAUGAUCCCAAACAUAGAAAAAAGGAAACAAAACGUAGGGAAUGAGAACCUCCUUAAAGCAGCCUUGCAGGCAUUAAAUCUUCAUGUAAUGGCACCAUACGCUUCGAGGUUUUAUCAUAUUUUCUUUUCGUUUUACUACUUUUUUGCCUUUGAAAGAUCAUUCAUGCGUAGAACACUGCUGUUGCUUAUAGUAUGCUGUUAUGUGCUGUGUAACUUCGGUAGUGAAUAUUCUUGUAGACACAGUUAGUAUUUCCUGUGCAAAAACGAGUUGGAAAUGAUGAUUUGUGUGUCUAGGAAUGGAAGAGCCAUUUUUUAAACCUUGCAA